ACAACUCGUCGCACUGAUUAUCAUCAUGUCCAUUGAGGCUGAGUGGGCUACCGGUCGAUUGACUCUUGAGAGUCACGAGUGAUUCUGAAGUCGACCAUGGAGCCAACGAGGAACCGAGACCGAGUUGCAGGGUAGAGGAUGACUACCUAGGAGUCUUUGCAGAUAAGUCGACGACAAGAGAGGGUGUUGAAGCGUGUCGCUGGCUGCGGUGCCUGCCACGGCCUUCUAAGCCUGCGCUGCAGUUCAAGUUUGCAGUGGUUCGAGUUUUUCCCUCCUUGAAUUGCGAGGGAUUCACGGGAGGCGCGUGUUGGGCAUCUGAUUGGAUUUUAUUGUCCAUUCACAUCGCAAAACACCAUCGACCAGCCCGCACCUCAUGCACCUCAACCAACCGACAGGACAAUAUUUGCACGCCCUGGAUGACACCGGUUCAAACUGGCCCUGGAAUCCCUCUUCCCACUGGCAUUGCUCAGACACGCUGCCCUCGACCUGCGCCAUUUUCGACGCUGGACCAGUGGAAAGCCUACCAGAUGCAGGUGGCAGCGAGGGUUUCCUCCCUGUCUCCCUACCAACCCAUUGCUGCCCCCGACUCACCUUCGUCAUUCUGUGCAGUUUGUAUUCACAACAGGUUCCUCGCGAUUGACGAGACGCCGUCCCCUCCGGCCGUCACGGCUCUCCCUCCCUCCUUCGCGGCGGCAGCCUGAACCCACGCGUAGUGGGGUUGAUGAGGAUGACUCCUUGUUUCGAGGCGCAACCCAAACAUAGCCAUUUGAGUCCCCUUUUCUUCCCUCCGCUUGUCCCUUGCCUGUAGCUAUCCUGAACAACCUGGAACACAUCCUAUUGCCUCAGAAGGUCGCAUCAGCCGUCCGUCGUCCUUCCUCCUGACACGCGCAACUCUCAGCCGACAAGCAAAUCAAGACUGCACACGACUACAGCGUCUAUCACAGUGUCAUUGCAACGCAUGUAAAAUCGUCUCGUUGGUCGCUAGCUAUCAGCGACAUUGUGUUGAUAGGAGCAGCAUCCUGUGCGACCGGAACGGCGCAGCAAAUCCACAGGCAGACUGUACACAACGUUAAACGUGCGACAUCCUCGCCACAACAACAAGGCUUGGUCAGAGGGCGUUUCGAUUGUCACGAUAAGUGGAAAGAGUGGGCGAUCAAGAGCAGGUUGCUCGGCAUGGAACUACAUCAACGAGACGCAGAUUGAGGUACUCGGUAUAACAAAACAAGAAGAGGGUCGGGGGCUAUAUCCAAGAAGACGUCGCGUCGACAGUCGCAGAGAAAAUCCCACGGCUGGCUCACCAGGAAGACAGACCAGGGGACGAGGUCUCAGCGAUUCAGCUGGAUUCCAGAGCAACCACCCGGUCGCCGGGACGCGCCUCCAGCCUCGACCCGCGGCGGGUUUGCUCCAGCCGUCCAUUGUCCAUUGUCCAGUGCCAAAACAACUCGACCGCCCACUAAGUUUAGCCUGGCCCACUGGCACCCUCCCGGUGCCUGGUCACUCCACACUCCGGACGACCAUCAUACACCACAUUCAAGUUUCGCCCUGCGACUGUCGUUCAUUCUUUGCGACAACCUGUUUGCCUCUCACAUCUCGUCGCCGCCUUUCCCAUGCCUCAAAUCGAGCGUCGCGCACCGCGGCCCGCCACUGUUGAGGAGUUCGAUGAAUACAGACAAGUGGCGCUGCCCGAGUCGCUCAGGACGGCCAAUGUGUCUGGCAGAAGACCUCAGCAAGAAGUGUCCGCCAAACAAGGCGAGCAAUCAUUGCGCAACGGCGGCAGUGAUUCCGGUUACGCAAGCCGAGCGGACACCGUGAGUACGGGAUCUACGAGUGCAGGUCGACGGAAGAUGCCUGAUUUAAGGGUGGAUACCGCCGCAGCCAUCCCAGAGAGAACACGACAGCCUUAUUCAUCGUCGAAGGCGGAGCCUACGAGGCAACCAUCCCGUCGCCAGUCCUCGUCUCAGGGGCAACCCCCUGCCAAUCCUCCGAAAAGCAAGCCCAUCUCGCAGGAGCCCGAAAUCUGCCAUAGAUACGAUCACUACGCGAAACACGGUGAUAUGAGAACCGAUGUGUCGGCGACCUCGAGUGCGCCACCUCCACCUUCGCCCAGGACGGUCCGCCAAACCGGACCGAAGACUUCCAGGGACGACACUGUCUUGCCCACAAAGAUUAGACGCUCUUCUUCGCAACAACAGUCGAGACCUGUUAGUAUGGUUGCGCAUGGAGUGCCAUUGCAAUAUAUCAACCAAGCGUUCUACGAGACCCCAGCCAUCACAGCGGCAGCCUGGCCAACUCCAGUUACACCGUCGGUGCCUUACAGCCCAGCCUCGUAUUCAUAUGGACCGCCACCCGUGUCAACCCCUUCUUUUGCCUAUUAUCAACAACCUUCCUAUUUCGAACAUGCCGUUCCCAUGCCAGAACCUCACUCAGCCAGACCAAGCCGGAGGUCUAGCCCUGUCCGCCGUCGUUCAAGUACGUAUGGCGAGCCAGUGCUUCGGCAAAGCCAAUAUGAGCCUCCACCAGUUAUUUCCGAAAAGGUUCCGUCGAGAGAGAACCGACCGCCGCUUCCGUCGCACAAGCCUAAUCGUAGCAUUGACCAUGAUCGGGUGUUGAUGCCGCCUCCAGCAAAGCCGCCACAGUACCAACCGGAGACGACACACAGACCAAGUACUAGGCGGGCAAAAACCUACCAUGUCCAGCAAAGCCCAGUGCACCAGCAUUUUACGCACAAUCUGGAGCGGUUUGACGAGGAUUUUGAGGACUACGACUGCCGAGAGAGUCGCAUGCCUCUACCUCCCACACGGGAGAGGCGAGAAUCCUCCUCUCGCCCUCCGACAUCCUAUAGAGGGGCUCGUGUCGCCACGGAAGCUCGGGAUCGGCCUGCUCUGCCGGCCAAAUCUAUGUCCUACAGUACUUCCGCUGGGCUGGCCAAAACACCCUCGCGCCCCAACAUUGCCACCCGUCAAACCACCCAGUCUGCUGUGGCUGCCGACGAUGGAGAAAUGGCUGUUGAAGAAUACCUCGAACGACGUAACAAGACGUCGAACGAGCUCACCGCCGAAGCCCUUCGAAAUCUCAAUCAUCGCAACACUAGUUCCCGGUCUGAAACGGAAAGCAGCUAUAGCCACAAAAGCCGGCAGUCGUCUUCCAAAGAUUCGUCCGGGCUAGGCAAGAGCCAAGCCACCACUGCCAGCACUAUGAAGACCAGCAUUGCGCUUUCUGGUGGUGGGGUGAACAUGAGCAUAUCACCAGACUAUAUGAGUAACGACGGGCGACCUGUUAGCAUCAGCAUCGGCAACGUAGUUGUCAAGGUCGCUACACAAGAGAGCGAAGCUGCUGAUCGCACCAAAGAGGUCAAGAGAAUUGAGCGCGCACCAAGUGUUGCUAGUCGCGCUUCGAAGAAUAGUGUCUCGAGCGUUGUUUCCAGUUUCGACAGGGAUCGGGACCGCGAUCGGGAUCGAGCUUCGUUUCCGACUCAGCCGUCCCGUCGUCCAUCUCGUGCUGAAGAAAGGGGUCCCAGCGUACGAUCAAGUCGGCAACACAGUCGGGCCCCUAGCACCGGCGAGCAUGGUUAUGAAGGUAACCCACGCCGGAGCCUUGACUAUGCCAGAAAAUAUGAAGAAGUGUACGGAGCUUGAGGACAAGUCGUCGACCUUCACUCUGCCUUUUCUGAGGCGAUAUCGCCACGACUGGAGUUUUUUUAUUGAUGCUGGCUUUUUAUUCUGCGGGAUACCCACCGUUUUCUGCGCCGGCUUCUUUCUGUUCAGCUCUAUUCGAGCACGUUCGCUGAUAUUUGUACAUUUGGGCGCCGUCGGUCGUUCUCGAGUUGGCACAGCUUGCGAGCUCUUCUCCUACAAAAGCAAAAAAAGGAAGAUCUCAAAAGCAUUAGAAAGCCGGUGGGGUUUGGACUUUGUGUUGCUGCCAUCAAAUUGUGCUCUACUGGUUUGGCCGGAAAAGGGCUACACAGUUGGGCCGAAGAACAAUGUCUGUUUCUUGGUUAUUUGUUGUUUUCCGUUGUUUUGGCAAACGAGGUACGAACUUAUGAUUGACGAUGUUUACUGGACUUGAUAGUUUUUUUGCUGCUGCUUGCAGUUUGACGGCUGUUUUCCUUUUGGGCGGAUUCUGUCUUUUCGAGCGAUUUCCGGGCGGGUUCAGUUACGAUUAUUCCUCAGAUUUGUUGCGCCCCUGGGACUUGGAAUAUGCGCUUGAUGAGAGAGAUGAUCGUGCCGAACGCGAAGAGGCUGCUCCAUGAUCCUGCUGGACAGGGCAGGACAAGCAAGCAGUUGUCUGUUCCUAGGUAUGCGUAUGGCCUGCUGUGGGUUCAAUGCCAACUUCCAGUGAGCGGAAAUCCGCCUCAUGUGGAAGGGAUUUCACCGGCUCUAUGUUUGAGGCCGGUAUGAGCUUUUUUCCCCCUCUGUUCGUUGUUGUCUUUCAAGAAGCCGCAACAAAUGGAUAUGGAUAUAAUGCAUGAUGUACGAUGUUUACGAAAAUAUGAUAUGAUUCUAUGGCGAGCGAGGAAAGCAGAUCGGAUUGCAUCCUCGACACAUUUAUUUAUUCCAGCCCCCACGCAUGCUUUGUUUGCAGAGGUGCCACUAGUGGGACGAUGGAUGGGUGUGUUUGGCCCUUUACGAGUGUUAUGCCAGUGGGUGUAUUGGGAAUAUGUAUGGGGUCUACCAGCUAUCUCAGGAAUAUAAGUAUGUAUACAACUACACUGUUGGAUUCCCC